AUGCAGAGGAGAAAAAUCAAGCAUCUCUCUACUAUUCAGCGCCCUUUUGCCUUAGGCAUAACUCGGGCAUAUAUUACUACUUCCACUGAUGCAAUAAAUGUCUUGGCUGGUUUGCUCCCACUGCAUAUUAGAACUGAGGAGGAAGCAGCACGACAAAUGUUAAUACAGCUACACAAGCCAAUAGCAUUUGCUGAAGAAAAUUUUACUUCGGAGGAAUAUGAAACCAAACUAACAUCUGACAGCAUUCACCCUGCGGAUUAUGGUGUUGGCAUUAGACUACAUGUCCCGCCUACAGAAUACCGUAGCCCCUCGAGUAUAGUAAUUUAUACGGAUGGAUCUAAAAUUGAAGGAAAUGUGGGGAGCGCAUUUGCUGUUUUACAAGAAAAUAGUGUCAUUGCACAAUGGAAGGGCCAUUUGGCUAACAAUAACAGUGUCUUUCAAGGGGAAGCAGUAGCAAUAGCGCAAGCUAUUCGCUACUUGCUAACCCACCAAAUCCUAAAGGCUACUAUAAAAUCUGAUAGCCUUUCAGCUAUUUAUGCGAUUAGUAAUCCAGAACACCCAUCCAAAAUCAUUAGAGAUAUUCAACAAGAUCUUAGAAAAUAUCAACGCCAUGACAUCCACUUAGCUUGGAUAAAGGCACAUAUGGGUGAAUAUGGAAACGAAGUUGCAGAUACUCUUGCCAAGGAGGCCGCUUUUGGAAUUGCUGCUGAACAAAUUCACAUACCUUGGCCGCAUUCACAUUUGAAAUCUGCACUACGUCUCAAAGCAAUCAGUAAGUGGCAAGAAGAAUGGGAUUAUAGUACCACUGGUCGUCGUACUUAUUACCAUAUUUCUUACAUUACACAAGAUAGAUGCUGUGGAAAUCCCCAUCUGACACGUUAUAUUUCAGGGCAUGGCCCUUUUCCUCUUUAUUUUGAGAGAUUUAAAAUAAGCGAUUCCAGUUUUUGCACCUGCGGAGAGUUAGGCUCUCCGGAGCAUUACCUUGAAAAAUGCCCUCUUACAGAAGGCUUACAUAUCAGAUUCCCUUCGCAAAAUCGUCAAGCCUUUUGCAAAUUUCUAAUCAAGCAGAGGCACUUGAUUAAUAAAAUUAACAAGGUUAUGGAAAAGGUUAAAGGUCUUGGAAUAACCUGUGCCAGGUGUAGCAUUCAUAGGCAUAAUGUAUUGAUGCAAAGUACAUAA